UUUGAGAACUCCGACUGUGUCAAUGAUGCUCUGUUUAUGUUAGUGGAUAGGUCGUGUGGGCAGAAGCCGGAUCUGAUUCUGGGUCCAGCGUGCGAGUAUGAAGCGGCAGCGGUGGUGAGGCUGGCAUCCCACUGGAACAUCCCGGUGAUCUCUGCAGGUGCCCUGGCUGCCGGCUUCCGGAACAAGAACACCGAAUUCUCCCACCUGACCCGCAUCGCCCCGUCUUACGUUAAAAUGGCAGAAAUAUUCACCGCGAUGUUUGAGCACUUCAACUGGAAGAUCGCACUGCUGGUCUACGAUGACGACAAGGAGGAACGGAACUGUUUCUUCACUAUGGAGGGAGUAUAUCAUCUGACGGCUGACUUUAACAUUAAAACAUAUGCUGUUUCCCCAGAGGAUCGCUUGGACACUGACGACAUCCUCCAAAACAUCUAUGACACUGAAGCAGGAGCUGACCUUGAGGAGAAAACUGGUGAUGUGCACCUGUGUUUUUAUUUGUCCUCCCCAACUGCACCCUUCGUCACCAAGACAGACUUACAUAACAUCCUGCGUGCUCUUGGCAUGGAACAUCAUCCUUUCUACAGACUUCACAGAUGAGCCACAUGGAUUAGUUGCUUGAAAUUAUUUAGAGCACUUGGAAUUGGCAGAUGGAAAGUAAGUGAGCAAAAUAGGAUGUCCUCUCUCCUCUGUGGCAUAAAGCUGUCUAAACACUGUCAUCAUGCACCAUUUUCAGGACAUAUUGUAGUCUCUCAGAGGGUCUAACUAAAUUUUUUAAUUCAAAUUAAUUGUUGUUGGUCAGAAAAUAAGACAGAUUAAAAUGUCCCAUGAGCUGUCCAAUGAGAAUCCCUGACAUAUUAAAGGUGUGAUGUAUCGUCAUGACCUUCAGAACAAAUUGGCAUUCUUUUGGGAAAAAAAGUGAA